ACACACACACACACACACACACAACCAACACAUGCACACACUGCUCGCUCACACACUCGCAUGCUCAGCUCGCAGCAGCCUGCCGGAGCUCCCGACACGUGCACGCACAUCUCUAGCAGUCCGCACUCCUCCGUUUUCCUGCUCCAUUCUCUUUUCUACCAAACACACACACACACACACACACUCUCUCUCUGUCUCUCUCUCUCUCUCUCUCUCUCUCUUUCCCUCUCUCUCUCCCUCUCUCACACACACACACACACACACACACAGAAAGCGAUGAGGCUUUAUUUCUGAACAAGCCCUCGACAGAGGAGACGUCGCAGCCGGAUCGGGAGACUGACGCUCGAUGGAUUACGUUUUUUUCCCCGCUCCGAAGGCAGACCUCAUCUUUUCCAUGACACCAUGAACCCGAGCUUGGGGACACGGGGGCUGAAAGAGUAACGAGUUGGAAGAAACCGGCGUAAGAAGAAGAAAGGCGAGAGCGCUAGAAAAGCCGGACCGUGAAGAUGCCGAAACGGAGAAGCGAGAUGCAGAGAGACGUGUGGACUCGGAUCGUGCUGGCGUGGAUUACCUGUGUAUGCUUCGGCUCCUCGGCGCCGUUUGUCAACCAGUCACGAAGUUUAGAAACGAGCCAGAGUUCAGAAAGUGAGACUUCCCAGCUGGAAGGACGACACGUCCUCCAUAGGGCCAAAAGAGGAUGGGUUUGGAAUCAAAUGUUCGUGCUGGAGGAAUUCUCUGGACCUGAUCCGAUCCUUGUUGGCAGGCUCCACACAGAUCUAGACGUGGGGAAUAAGAACAUCAGGUACGUUCUGGCCGGAGAAGGAGCAGGGACCAUCUUCGCCAUCAAUGAGCUGACGGGCGACAUCCACGCCAUGAAGAGGCUGGACCGCGAGGAGAAGGCGGAGUACACGCUCACGGCACAGGUCAUCAACCGAGACACCAAUGAGCCGCUGGAGCCUCCGUCAGAGUUCAUCAUCAAAGUGCAGGACAUCAAUGACAAUCCGCCACAGUUCAUCGAGGGGCCGUACCAGGGCUCGGUGCCCGAAAUGUCACCCGUUGGAACCUCGGUGACGCGGGUCACAGCCACGGACGCAGACGAUCCGGUGUACGGGAACAGCGCCAAACUGGUGUACAGCAUUCUGGAAGGACAGCCGUAUUUCUCCAUUGAUCAAAACACCGCAAUCAUUAAAGUCGCCCUGGCCGGGAUGGAUCGAGAGAUGAGGGAGGAUUAUCUGGUGGUCAUUCAGGCUAAAGACAUGGGUGGUCACAUGGGGGGAUUAUCUGGGACCACCACAGUCACCGUAAUGCUGACGGACAUUAACGAUAACCCGCCCAAAUUUUCCAAAGGCUCGUACGAGUUCACCAUCUCCGAAGACCUCGGCAUGGGAAAACCCGGAGGACGAGUGAAAGCGAACGACCGAGACAUCGGGGAAAACGCGAAAUCGACGUACAGUAUCAUAGCGGGAGACGAGAAGGACGUGUUCGAGAUCGUGACUGACGCUCAGACUCAGGAGGGAAUCCUCACUCUGAAAAAGGCUGUGGACUUUGAGAGUAAAAACUUUUACAACCUGACGGUGGUGGCGACCAACAUUCGGCCUUCAGCGACCGGAGCCCCGUUUAUGGACCAAACGACGAUCAAAGUCAUUGUAGAGGACGCGGACGAGCCGCCCGUCUUCACAAAGUCCACUUAUGUGUUUGAAGUGCAUGAGAAUGCCGCCAUUAACACCGUCGUCGGAACCGUUACAGCCCGAGACCAGGACGCUACACGCAGCCUCAUCAGGUACUCGAUCGAUCGGCACACAGAUCUGGAGAGGCAGUUCAAUAUCCAUGUGGACGACGGGAAGAUCACGUUAGCCAAACCGCUGGACAGAGAGACCGAUACGUGGCACAACAUCACCGUGACGGCUACAGAAGUCCGGAACCACAGCCAGAUCUCCCGAGCGAUAGUGGCCAUCCGAGUGCUGGAUAUAAACGACAACGCUCCUGAAUUUCCCACCGAGUACGAAGCCUUUCUUUGCGAAAACGGCAAACCCGGUCAGGUGAUCCAGACCAUCAGCGCUGUGGACAGAGACAAUCCGGCUCAAGGACACAUGUUCCACUACAGACUGGAGAUGCUGAACAACCCGAACUUCACCAUUAAAAACAACUUAGACAAUUCCAUCAGCAUCUUGGCGAAGCACGACUCGUUUCGCCGUCAGAAACAGGAAGUGUACCUGCUGCCCAUCGUGGUGAGCGACGACGGAGAUCCGCCGAUGAGCAGCACCAACACGCUGACCAUCCGAGUGUGCGGCUGCAGUAAAGACGGCGUGGUUCAGUCGUGUAACGUCGAGGCCUUCGUCCUGCCCAUCGGCCUCAGCAUGGGGGCGCUGAUCGCCAUCCUCGCCUGCAUCAUCCUACUGCUGGUGAUCGUGGUUCUGUUCGUGACUCUGCGGCGGCACAAGAGUGAACCGCUGAUCAUCAAAGACGAGGAGGACGUUCGUGAGAACAUCAUCACGUACGACGACGAGGGCGGCGGCGAGGAGGACACGGAGGCGUUCGACAUCGCCACUCUGCAGAACCCCGACGGCAUCAACGGCUUCCUGCCUCGCAAAGACAUCAAACCCGAGCUGAGCUACAGCAUCCGCGCCGGACUCAGACCUGCGGCCAAUGGCGUCGACAUCGACGAGUUCAUUAACGUCCGGCUCCACGAGGCUGAUAACGACCCGACGGCACCACCGUACGACUCCAUCCAGAUCUACGGCUAUGAAGGUCGAGGAUCGAUGGCUGGAUCUUUGAGCUCGCUGGAAACUUCUUCGUCAGAUUCGGACCAGAAUUUCGAUUAUCUCAGAGAGUGGGGCCCGCGGUUUAGAAGACUCGGAGAGCUCUACUCGGUGGGCGAGAGCGACAAAGAAACUUGAGGCAUUCCUCUUUUUUUUUUCACCUUCAUGAUGUUCGCAUUAUGGUGCUCGCCAGACCACGAUUAAAACGCAUCUGUUUCAACAUGGCGGGAACUUUUUUUGUUUUUUAUUUAUUUUUAUUUUUUGGAAACUGUUAGAGACAAACAUACUAGGGUUAGUCAUCCACAUCAAAGUGCAUAAAGGGGCUGAACUUCACCACCACCACGGUGUCUGUCGUAGGAGGUCACUGAUCCUUGUGGAGUCUUUUAGAUUAAGUGUUUUUGGCUCGUCGUUUGUUCACUGUGACCACCGGUAGGUUCUCGUCGGUCACGUAAAGAGAAAGACGGAAAACGAAAAGGUUUCAGAGAUGUGGAUGAACUUCCGAGGCCUCAAAAUGGUUCCACACGUCUCCUUAACAUCAUCCAGCCAAUCCGAGGAAGAAAGGAACCUUACAAAAUCGACUAAAAAGCAAUAUAUGGUCUACUAUAUUGAAUGUAUGUGUGUAUGUUUAAAGGUGAGAUAAGUGUACAAUAUUGGCUUUAAUAGAUAUUAGUUGAGAUAGCAUUUGAUACCGAGUGGCCGGAUUUCCUGAAAAGCCUCGCGGCUUGCUUUAUACACCACGUUUGUAUUCACGCUCUUAGUGUGUUUCACACUCGAACAUUAGUAGCCUAUAACAGACUGAAGACAAAAAGAGAAAUGUAGAAACAACGAGGCCUUCUUUUUACAGAAGCAAACAUUAAAUACGGUUGUAUUUGAACAUUUUUGGAAACAUCAAUCGUGUUUACUUCACUAGCGUAGUAUGAUUUAUAAAUAUAUGGAUAUUCAUUGUCUGUUUUGUGCUGCGGGUAUAAAAAAAAAACAAUAUGGUGUCAUUUCGGUUUCUCUUUUUCUGCUUUGUUUCAUUUGUCACAGAAAAGCUCUUUUUAUAGUCACUAAUAUCAGAACUACAGUACUGCAGUCCAUGCAGACGUCAACAACGAUCCUGUUUACACCUGGUCAUUCCAUGCCUCUUGUUUUGAGGAUCAGAGACAUAGAUCUGGAGCACCAUUAUCCAUGUAAAAAUGCAGAUGUAAUUAAACCUGUUCAAAAGAGAAUUGAAUGAAAUGACUCAAGAUUACAGAAGGUCUGAGAUGCCAUUUAAGCAGAUGUUAUAUAAGAGUAAACACGUCUGUGCACAAAAGACACACUGGGCAAUGAAAAACCCUCUCGAUAUAUAACGUCAUGACCGACAUCCCGAACAAUAUGUCAUACAUGAAACCCCUUCUGAUAACAUGAUAAAUUACACCUCUUUCGAUAUGUUAGGUCAGAACUUUAACCCCUACCAAUGCAAUACAUCAUAACUGAGAUGUGUCCCAAUAUAUUAAAUCACGACUGAAACCCCUCCUUAAACACAAUGUCAUGACUAAAACUACUUCUUAAACUUAAUGUCAUGACUAAAACUACUUCUUAAACACAAUGUCAUGACUAAAACUACUUCUUAAACACAAUGUCAUGACUAAAACUACUUCUUAAAAACAAUGUCAUGACUAAAACUACUUCUUAAACAUGACGUCAUGACUAAAACUACUUCUUAAAUACAAUGUCAUGACUAAAACUACUUCUUAAACUUAAUGUCAUGACUAAAACUACUUCUUAAACACAAUGUCAUGACUAAAACUACUUCUUAAACUUAAUGUCAUGACUAAAACUACUUCUUAAACAUGACGUCAUGACUAAAACUACUUCUUAAAUACAAUGUCAUGACUAAAACUACUUCUUAAACAUGACGUCAUGACUAAAACUACUUCUUAUUCAGGCUGAUAUAUCUUAUCAUGGCUGAAACCCCUCCUCGUGCAUGAUAUCAUGCCUGAAACCCAUCCCUAUACAUUCCGUCAUAAUCGAAACCCCACCCUAAAAGUUUUGUCGUAACUGAUACCUCUUGCAAUACCUCCUCCAAAUUUCUCAUAACCAAAACCUCUCUUGAUACAUUAUGUCACUACGGACAUGUCUUCCUAUAUUUUAGAUCAUAACGGAAACCACACCUUAUAAAUUACGCCAUAACGGAAACCUAACUGAACCUUGGCCUUGAUCGAUUACGUCAUAAAAUCCCUCCUUAUACAUGAAGUCAUCACUGUAAUCCUUCCUGAUACAAGCUAGCUAGCUUCACAGGACGUUUUUCUCCUUGCUACAUACUUUACACUAUUAAAGACGGUUCGCUCUGGUACAUGAGAACGUUGGCCACGGGAUACCGUAAGACCUUCGUGUCGGCGGUGUGUAAAGGUGAACAUGACAAUCCAGCUACAAAACUCGUGAAAUGAUCAGGUGAAAACGGCGUCCAUGACACUGACUGUGAGUCCACGGAGAAGAGAUACUGUGUGUGUAUAUAUGAAUAUACUGUAUACAGAGUACCAGUGAUCAUUUCAAGCACAACCCCCCCCUCCCCCACCCCACAGACUGUCCAGCGGAUCUGUGUAUAACCCGUCGGUCACGUAGGAACCAUAACCCAUAGACUGCAGACGUGUGUGUAAUGUUCCACACUGUAUGAUAGUAGAGAAGCAGGAGGAAAAAAAAGAGACGUGUACAUAGUCACUGCUGACAUUCUUUAGCUUUCUUUGAGGACAUUUUGUUUAUGCACGUUAGCUCUUGCACAUGGAGAUCUCCGAAUGGCACUACAGCUGCGUGCGUUCCUCCGUUUCAACCGAUCCUCUACACGGCAGUUUUCAGUAGAACCCUCACGACAGACUCACAUGCAGAUCAUAUUUUAUACUGUGCUUUAAUGCUUAUAUACUUGUAUGUUGAAUUAUUUACUCUGCGUAUUGUAAUCUAAGAUACCCAUGUAUUGUUUCCUACUUUGUGAAAUAUAUUUUUAUAAAUAUUCAUGUGGUGGGGC